UAUACGACGCGGCGCGUGCGGGCGCCGAGCAAUCCACUCGCCACCAUGAUCCAGGCCAAGACCGUCCUCGCGCUCUUCGCGCUGCUCGCCGUCUCCGCGCCCUGGGCGGCGGAGGCGGGAGCCCUCACCGGGGUCUGGACGGCGUGUCCCAAGGGCCCGACCAUCAACGAGUGCAUGGUCAAGUCGCUGGAGAAGCUCUUCCCCGUCAUGGUGAAGGGUAUUCCCGCGUACGACAUCCCCGUGCUGGACCCCAUCGAGGUCGGCACGGUGGACUACUCCACCAAGGACCUCAAGAUGGUCACCAAGAACGCCGUCAUGAAGGGACUGUUCACCAACAGCAAGAUCGUGCUGGUCGAGGCCGACCCGGACAAGUUCAGCUUGCGCGUCAACAUGAAGGUCCCCGAGAUCGUCAACGAGGGCGAGUACGAGUUGGGCGGCAAGCUGCUCAUGAUGCCCGUGUCGGGUGCCGGCCACUUCACCCUCAAGUACACGGACGUGUCGCUGGACUUAGCGUUCUCGGGCAAGGGCGAGACGAGGGACGGCAAGACGUACAUGGUGCUGGAGGACGUCAAGGUCGUCCUGGUGCCGGGCGGACUCGAGGCCAAGGUGGAGAACCUCUUCAACGGCAACAAGGAGCUCAGUGACAACUUCCACAAAUUCGUCAACGAGAACUGGAAGGAGAUCUUCGACGACUCCAAGGAGAAGAUGUGGGCCGCGCUGGGGCAGUUCUUCAAGAAGAGCUUCACCAAGCUGUACCACGACGUGCCCUACGAGGAGAUCUACAGCUGAGCGGGGACGUCGGGUGCCUUUGGCCAGGGCGUGGCCAGGGCGUGGCCAGGGCUUGGCCAGGGCUUGGCCAGGGCUUGGCCAGGGCUUGGCAAGGGCUUGGCCAGGGCGUGGCCAGGGCGUGGCCAGGGCUUGGCCAGGCCGUCGAGUGGCGGGAUAACUACGGAAACGAUCGGGACUGAUACAAACACAAUAAAACCAAAUAUAAAACUGCAA